CAUAAAAGUUCUUGUGAGAUUUCUUGGCCAGGGAAGUACCCCUUAAAAAGGGGGUAAACGGGAAUGCUUCAGUUGGAUUUAUCGACAGGGAUCAUCAGCCAAAGUUCUUUGGUAAAGAAACUUGCGCCGCCCAUGCACGGCGAGGUUGAUAACUUGACGACCGCCGCCUUCGUACCAUCGCCGUCGAGUGAGGGUCUGAAUAAUGGCGUGUCCACCACCUCCAGCUCGACAAACGACCUGGCCAUUCCUCAUCGUUUCUCCAUCGAAACCGAUCUUGCCUACGCCCCUAAACUGAACACGACAUCUUUGAGUUUAGCCCAGGGGAGGCAGUCGAGAUCGGGGCUGCUGCAAAGGGCCAGGGCAACGCGGCUGGCUGCGGUACAGCAGCACAACCAAGAUGAGUGCACCUUCAAACCGCAGAUGAGUUCGGCAAGUCUCAAGAUUGCCGAGACGCUGGGGACAACGUUUAUGGCUAGACAAGAGCAGCACUUGGAAAAACAACGAAAAAUGAUGGAGCAGAGACACCAGAUACUGUACAAAGGACGCCUCAGCCCAGUCAGCGUCGCAAAGUCCAAGAAAAACAGCAUUACUUCCCUCAGAGAUAAAGAGAAUACAGAGAGUUCUCAGACAGCGUGGGGCUCCCCAGUCUCCACCCCUAAUCUGAAUGAGAGCAGGGUGGGUGCCGACAUCGCAAACGGCAAUACAAGACUAGGGGUUGGGGCCUCCGUAUCGCUGCAUAUGACCACCCCACUCAACCCUGUCAGGGCAGGUCGAGGCCCACCACCCAUGCAGUCAUCUAUGCAAUUGCAGAGGCUUCAAGAAGGUCCGUAUAUGCAAAGUGGAGCUAGCUUGGUCUUGAGGAGACAAAAGGCACUCCCAAAACCCAAAAGUUUUGGUUUGCAUAAGAGAAGCUCUACACAUCCUGUGGAAGGCGUAGAAAGUAACGAAGUAAUGGAAUCUUCCAGCACCACUCCUCCUACUAACCACCAAAGAAGUAAACCUGUGACUUCCCCCGAGCCUGGUUCAUCCCCUCGUAGUAAAACUAAGAGUCUAGUCACUAGGACGACUGCACAGAGCGGAGAGAGACUCAGGCUAGCGAAACAGACUGCAGAAAAAGCUCUCAAGAUGAAGAAAGUCUUCACAAUCCAGGGCCCGUAUCCAGUGGUGCGAGAAUGUUUACGCUCCCGAGACUGGGUGGAGAAACAGUAUCGCACCAUGGCACCCCACAAGGUCAAGAGGAAACAAGGAAGCGAUGACAAUGACACAGAUGACACUGACGAUGAUGACGAUGACGAUAACAAUGACACCGGUUACAACAUGGCACCAGUCGACAGUGACGAUGAUGACAAUGGCCUUGGCGAUUCAGACAACAUUUACGGAAUAAUGUCGAGAAUUGUCCGAAACUCAGAUCCCUUCUUCAUCUGGACGUGUAGACGAGACACAAUCAACUUCAAGUUCCUGAGGAAGGAAACUAUAGUCAACCAUUUUGCCAAGAAUGGGGCAUUCACAACGAAGAGUGGUCUUUGUACACAUCUUCGUAAUCUGAAAUGGUAUGAGAGUAUGGAUGCAGACUCCUUCUAUCCCCGCUCAUAUAAGAUCUGUAUAGAGGAGGAGAAGCAAGCCUUUCUUGCUGACUACAGAUUAAACUGUGCCUGCAGCAUCUUGAAGUGGGUCGUUCAGAGACACAACGGUGAACUAGACGUCCCUAUGGACGACAACGAAGACAUCCCAGAAGAAGACACGGUCAAGUCCGACGCCGAAGACGCUCCAACCUCGCCCAGAACCUCACAAUCCAAACCGGCGAACAACAAACAAUCCAAACAGUCCAAAGUGAAAAGGAGAACUAAUCCGGUCUUACCGGCAUCCUUGAUCCAGACAGCCAUGGACAUUGUGCACAAUUACCUCGACGAGCUGAGCCACGAGUUUAUUGAUAGGAGUCUUGACGUGCCGGAGUUAAUGACGGAGAAACAAUGGGAGGAGUUCAUACGACAGUAUUAUCAACUAAUUUUUGACGGUGGCGUCAUAGCAGACUCUGGCUCUCAGUGUCCAACAUGUGAGAGUAUGCUGAACAGGGUAAGGGGUGUCUCACCCCAGCUUGACAUGGACGGACUGCGCAAUACUUGGAUCAUCAAACCUGGAGCGAAGUCGAGAGGCAGAGGAAUUAUCUGCAUGAACAAGCUUGAGGACAUCCUCAAACUAGUCGGCAAUCCGACCAUCGUCAAAGAGGGCAAGUGGGUCGUACAGAAGUACAUAGAGCGCCCUCUGUUGAUUUAUAACACCAAGUUUGAUAUCCGGCAGUGGUUUCUGGUGACCGACUGGAACCCCUUGACCAUCUGGUUUUAUCAAGACUCGUACCUUAGGUUCUGCACUCAACCAUUCUCUCUGGAUAAUCUUGAAUCAGCAAUACAUCUCUCCAACUUCUCUGUCCAGAAGAAUUUUGAGAAUGCGACGACCCGUUCCUCGAUGCUCCCCGAUGAGAAUAUGUGGACCAGCGGAGAGUUCCAGCAGUACCUGAAGAACAGAGGGUGCGGGAGCGUCUGGCAGGACAGCAUUUACCCUGGAAUGAAGAAAGCCGUCAUCGCUGCACUGCAGUGUACACAAGACAUUGUAGAGAUGCGCAAGAAUUCGUUUGAGUUGUAUGGAGCGGACUUCAUGCUGACAGAAGAUUUCCAUCCGUGGCUGAUUGAGAUCAACUCCUCCCCAGCGAUGGGUGCCACUACCGAGAUUACGGAGCAGCUCUGUCAUGACGUCAUCGAGGACACCAUGAAGGUUGUCCUGGACAGGAGGCAUGAUAAGAACUGUGACACGGGCAAGUUUGAACUGGCAUUCAAACAGCAUCAAGUAACGGUGCCGCCGUACGUCGGUGCUCAGCUCGCUAUUGAAGGGACCGGGGUGAGGAACCCCUUCCUCAAGAUACACAGGCAGAGAAGCCAGCCUAACAUCAUCAGCCCGAGACUCGCCGACGGGUCGCCCCCAGUAGUCCUCCGGAAGACCACGGUACAGAUGAGCCCGCGGCGAUCCAGCUACAACAAGGUGGAGGCCACGUCGACAGAGACUGACCCCGAGUCCAUCAAGGCAACCAAUUUAGAUGAAAUGACCCGGAAGUUAGCAGCAGGGAAGAUAGAUGGAGCAUGGGGCAGGGCUUGCUCUCGCUGCAGGAACGGUAUCCCGGGGGUCAAACUAGACGAUGAGCAAGCCAGAAGGGACUGCACGUGCCAACGAGACAGUGUUGUCACCCCCAUCCCUGAUGACAGUAUCCCGACCUCGGGUCAUAUAACACCGGUCAAAGGUCGUAGGUCACCCGAGCUGAUACAGCGCAGUGGGACCUUUGUUAGCAACAGGCAGGGGGACUUGGUGACUUUAAGCGGCCCCGAUCCCAUACAGGGACACCAUAAAGUAGGAAAGGCUGCGUUUAAUGCCGGCAGGACGCGUCCCAAUGUCAACAGACAGCGGAGGGAAACAAAGGUUCAAAUAAGAGGCACUGAAGUCAAGGUCCUGUGUGGAACGUACCCUUUUACUGUGGCCAACAGCUUAAUCAAAUAAGCCUGCCACAAAACAAAAACUAAACGACUCUAUGAAUUUGGGUUGUUGUGGGGGUAAUUUUGAUAGCGACAUCAACAACAAAGCUUAGAGACUGAAAGAUGGGGUCAUAGAAUGGUACCUACUUAAUUUAACUACUAGAAUUUAAUGACCUUAAAAAAACUUACUUGUUGGGAAGUACUGCAGCUGUUGGAACUACCUCCAUGGUGUAAACUACUUUGGGAAAGGAUUCCCUUUGAAGUAAUAUUAUGGUGUGGAUUAUUUUGUCACCUCCAAAAAAUUGAAUCUGAGAAACAAUUUAUUCAUGAUUCGUUUCUCAGGUGUUUGUUAGUGAAUUCUGCUGCCAGAGAUGCAGUUGGUACCCCUGUCACCUCGCUAAACAUGGAUGGAUUUUUUAUAUAUAUAUAUAU